CACCGCCGCGCCGGGCCUGCCAGACACCUGCGCCCUCCUGCAGCCAUCCACUGCCGCCGCCGCCGCCGCCGCAGCCGCCGGCAUGUCGGGCCCAGACGUCGAGACACCGUCCGCCAUCCAGAUCUGCCGGAUCAUGCGGCCAGAUGACGCCAAUGUGGCCGGCCAUGUCCAUGUGGGGACCAUCCUGAAGAUGAUCGAGGAGGCGGGUGCCAUCAUCAGCACCCGGCAUUGCAACAGCCAGAACGGGGAGCGCUGUGUGGCUGCGCUGGCUCGGGUUGAGCGCACCGACUUCCUGUCGCCCAUGUGCAUCGGGGAGGUGGCCCACGUCAGUGCGGAAAUCACCUAUACCUCUAAGCACUCGGUGGAGGUACAGGUCAACGUGUUGUCUGAAAACAUCCUCACAGGUGCCAAAAAGCUGACCAAUAAGGCCACCCUCUGGUAUGUACCCCUGUCGCUGAAGAAUGUGGACAAGGUCCUUGAGGUGCCUCCUGUUGUGUAUUCCCGGCAGGAGCAGGAGGAGGAGGGCCGAAAGCGAUACGAAGCCCAGAAGCUGGAGCGCAUGGAGACCAAGUGGAGGAACGGGGACAUUGUCCAGCCAGUCCUCAACCCAGAGCCGAACACUGUCAGCUACAGCCAGUCCAGCUUGAUUCACCUGGUGGGGCCUUCAGACUGUACCCUACACGGCUUCGUCCAUGGAGGUGUGACCAUGAAGCUCAUGGACGAGGUCGCCGGGAUCGUGGCUGCACGCCACUGCAAGACCAACAUCGUCACAGCUUCCGUGGACGCCAUUAAUUUUCACGACAAGAUCAGAAAAGGCUUCGUCAUCACCAUCUCAGGACAAAUGACCUUCAAGAAUAAGUCCAUGGAGAUCGAGGUCUUGGUGGACGCCGACCCUGUUGUGGACAGCUCGCAGAAGCGCUACCGGGCCGCCAGUGCCUUCUUCACCUACGUGUCGCUGAGCCAGGAGGGCAGGUCGCUGCCCGUGCCCCAGCUUGUGCCUGAGACCGAGGACGAGAAGAAGCGCUUUGAGGAAGGCAAAGGGCGGUACCUGCAGAUGAAGGCGAAACGACAGGGCCACACGGAGCCCCAGCCCUAGACACCCUCCUCCUGCCGCCGGGGCCCCAAGUAGCCAUGGCAACAGGCCCAGUGUCCAGUCACUUAGAAGUUACCCCCUUGGCCAGAAACCCAAUUCACAUUGAGAGCUCGUGUUGUCUGAAGUUUUCGUAUCACAGUGUUAACCUGUACUCUCUCCUGCAAACCUACACACCAAAGCUUUAUUUAUAUCAUCCCAGUGUUGAUGCUACAAUGUUGUCCCGAGUGCAGGGAGGCAGUUCCAUGGAAACCCUCCGGAAUGCUUCCAAGCACACUGUAAGGUAUGGGGAGAACCCAGCGCCACUAAUAAAGCUGCUGCUUGGCUGGAAAAAAAAAAAAAGAAA